AUGGCACCUCUUAAUCUCUUCAUCUUACUAAUCCCCGCCUAUCUUCUUCAAAUAAACUCACAAAAUCUUUCUUCUGAACAAGAUUUUCUACUAAACCUGAAACAACACUGGAAUAAUCCCAACUCACUAAACUCAUGGACCUCAUCUUCUUCCUCACCUUGCCAUUGGCCUGAAAUCGAGUGCACUUCAGGUACAGUCACAGGCCUAUACUUAGCCGGGAAAAAUCCCGACCUCAAUAUGCCAGCAGCUCAAAAGCCUCAUUUCCAUCAACCUAUCCAAGAACAAUUUGUCGGGGCAAAUACCGGUAAGCCUGCACAGUUGCUCAUACCUGCAAAAACUGGAUCUUUCAUCAAAUAUGCUUUCAGGAAAUAUACCGGAUUGUCCGGUGUUAUACCAACACCAAUAGAGGCACCCAGUUUGGAGUUUCUUGAUCUCUCUAAUAAUCAGUUGAAUGGAUCAAUCCCGGAUUAUGUAAGCAAUUUACACGGUCUUCUACAUUUCGAUUUAUCCAUGAAUUCAUUUGUCGGGAACAUCCCAAGAGGCUUGUUUGGUUUGGACAGAAUGUACUCUCUUUUGUUAGGUCACAACAACUUGUCUGGUCAACUGCCGACAAAUUUGGGCUUGACCAGCUUACAAGUUCUCAAUCUUACUCACAAUAACUUAAUAGGGAUGCUACCAAAAAAUCUACGCGAAUUAACAGCUCUAAGCUCGUUGGAUUUAUCUAAUAACCAGUUCUCUGGUGACAUCAUGGAUGACUUCAUUCUUUUGAGCUCCAUCAGUGUGCUUAGGCUUUGUUCAAACAAAUUCUCGGGAGAAAUUCCACGUGAGUUUGUGAAUAAGAACUUUGAUAAUGAAAAUUGCAUGGAUGAUUUCAAUCUCCGUUCGGACUAUGGUUAUGAGAGUUUACCAAAUUGCCCCUCUAGCUUCUGCUCGGACAAUAGGUUUCACAUGUAUCUAAAAUGCAAUAGUUCCAAGCACAACGUGCAUCGCAUUUUAAUAAUAGUGUUAGGAAUUGGCUGUGGGGUUACAGGGUUUGCAAUAUUUACCUACUUGGCAAGGAAAUGUUGGCUUAAGAAAAAUAAGAUGAACUUAGCAGAAUUGAAGAAAAUCUGGUGCAGUGGCCCUCCUACGGAAAAUGAAGAAAUAUGGAAAACGAUUUCAUUUCAAAAGCUAAAGUUCAACAAACACGAGAUUGUAACGAGCUUGACAGACGGAAAUCUCAUAGGAAAUGGAGGCUCAGGAAAAGUGUACCGAGUUUAUAUCAACCAAACAGGAAGCAUGUAUGCUGUCAAAAGCAUAUCGAAUUCGACAAAAUCUAACCACCGGCUUGAGAAGGAAUUUAUGGCCGAGAUUGAGACACUGGGGACUAUCAGGCAUUACAAUAUAGUAAAGCUCUUUUGUUAUACAGAGACAGCAUCUGCUGUAGCUGGAAUUUUUGGCUACAUUGCCCCUGAGUAUGCCUACACGAGUAAAGUGAACACAAAGAGCGAUGUUUAUAGCUUUGGGGUAGUUCUACUUGAACUGACUACAGGGAGAAAGGCAGUUACUCGAGGAGAACAUACAAAUCUAGCUGGAUGGGCACUACAACAAUUCAGGGACACGGAUGCCCUUUUUUACGCAUUGGAUGAGGAGAUCAAGGAACCAUUUGUCUGUACUGCCACAUCACCUUCCAAUCGACCAUCCAUGAGAGAUUGUCUGCAUAUUCUUCAUAACUGCAGUAACAAGUUUUCUUCACAAAGUACUUUGACCCUAGAAGCGUCCUAA